UGCCUGGCCAGUUUCUCUACUUGUCUUUGAGCAAUAUUGCCAGGCUUCCCUAAUCUCAAAGUGGCAGCCCUACCCUAUCACUCUCCUCAAAACAACCAUGUCCCUGGGGCCGCUGAAAUUCCAGGCAUUAGGAGAAGAAGAUGAAGAGAACGAGGAGGAGGAGAGCCUGGACUCUGUGAAGGCACUGACAGCCAAACUGCAGCUGCAGACUCGACGGCCGUCUUAUCUGGAGUGGACAGCCCAGGUCCAGAGCCAGGCCUGGCACAGGGCCCGGGCUAAACCUGGGCCAGGGGCACCUGGGGCCAUCUGUGGCUUCGAUUCAAUGGAUUCUGCUCUUCAGUGGCUCCGACAGGAGCUGCGGGAGAUGCAGGCGCAGGACCGGCAGCUGGCCGGACAGCUGCUGAGGCUGCGGGCCCAGCUGCAUCGGCUGAAGGUGGACCAAGUCUGUCACCUGCACCAGGAGCUGCUGAAUGACGCCGAGCUGGAGCUGGAGUUGGAGCCUGGGGGCGGCCUGCCUUUGGCCCCGCCGCUGCGGCACCUGGGCCUCACGCGCAUGAACAUCAGCGCCCGGCGCUUCACCCUUUGCUAAGAGACACCGGCUCUUCUCGCCUCCAGGGCCACCGCUUUCCCAGCCUGCCUGAGAAUAGGGGACGGAGGAGUGUCUAGAGGGAGGAGUCCCCCACAGGCUCCAGAGCCUGCUCUUGAGAACUGAGUCCCAAGAGCACAAAGCCUCACCAUCCUGUCGCCCCUACUGCCCUGGUGAGGGGGAAGGAGAGAAGCUGGUGAAGGGAGGAGCUUAGACCCCCAGGUUCUUCAAUAAAUGCCCUCUCUGCUUCUCAA